AUGACGAAUCCCAAUGUUGAUCCUGACGAACUCUCUAAUGUUGCUGUAACAGAAAAAAAUAUUAGAAUCCCUGCUCCUAAAGCAAAAGCUCCUGGAAGUGAUGUAGCUGGAUUUAACAGGAGAAUUGAAGACAUAAUGGAGGGUUUUCCAGACUAUAAUUUUAGAAAACCCAACAAAUUUGAUGUUGUAACAACACCAAAAGUUGGUAAGUCGAAUUCUUUAUUGCCACUGUCAAUCUCUCUUUCUCUCCAGUCUCACAUAGCUGGAUUUAACAGGAGAAUUGAAGACAUAAUGGAGGGUUUUCCAGACUAUAAUUUUAGAAAACCCAACAAAUUUGGUACUGUAACAGAACCAGUCGAUUUGAACGUCAAUAACGAGCCUGAGAAAACGGAAUUUGAUACUGAGCCUGACGAACCGUACGUUGGUAAGCCGAAUUUUUUAUUCUCACUGUCAAUCUCUCUUUUUCUAACAGUAACUUUCUAA